CGAGUCAGAGAGACCUUAGUGAAUAGUGAUAAUUUAUAGCCUUCAAUAUUCUUCCCUUUUCACCGAAGCUUUCUAAAGCUUUAAUUUGUCUCUAAGGUUUCUCUAAUCUCAGUUAACCAUUAUUAAAGUUUCAAUUUGGAUUUGGGAUUUUUCUCCUUCUCAGAGUGAUUGAAUUUUUUAUUUCAUGGAUUUCCAGAAUAGAAGGCUACAUGUUUUGCUAUUCAUCGCAGGCAUCAUUGUUCUCAGCAUUACAGCUGAAAAAUGUCGACAGCUGGUUGGAGAAGAUGCUUCAUCUCAGAGUGGGAAGUUUACACUCUUGAACUGUUUCGAUAUGAGCUCUGGAACACUAGCAUGUACUGUAAAAGAAGGAGUGAAACUCUAUUUCUACAACAUCAGAUCAGCUCAUGUGGAGAGGGCAAGGCAUGCUGCAAUAGAAGUUGCACUUGUUGAUUCAUUGUCACAGGGGAUGUCUACUCAAGAUGCUGCCAAACAAGCACAACAAGAAGGUGCAAAAGCAGCAAAGCUAGCAACACGGAAAGCCAAGAGAAUAAUAGGCCCCAUCAUCUCUUCCGGAUGGGACUUUUUCGAAGCUAUAUACUAUGGCGGUACAAUUACUGAAGGUUUUCUCAGAGGCACUGGCACUUUAUUUGGCACCUAUACCAUAGGAUAUUUUGGGGAACAAAGACUUGGGAGAUUUGGUUAUCUUGUGGGAAGUCAUUUAGGCAGUUGGGUUGGAGGUAGGAUAGGACUAAUGGUAUAUGAUGUGGUUAAUGGAGUACAUUUUCUACUUCAAACUGUUAAAGGCGAAGAUAUUGUUCGUAGCAUUCUUGAUUAUGGACAUUCUGAAAUUUCCGAGGACUCCAUUGCUUACGAAGCUAAUAAAACACCUGAUUAUGAAAAUUCUGAAGCUUCUGGUGACUCUUAUGCUCAUGGAGCUCCCCCUGCGUAUGCAAGUCCAGAAGUUUCAGAAUCAGAAGGGUCCAAUUCCUAUGACACUAUGACUGAGGAGUCUCCAUUCCCUGAGGGUACUGAUGAAACAUAUAUAAAUUCUGAACUUUAGCUUACAAUACGAUGUACUCAUAGUUUGAUUCUUUUAUUUGAGAUUUUAUGGACUAUAGAUGCUAAACUAGAUUCCUUAAACUUAUGCAUGUACUCUUGGAUAGGUUAACACUUAAACGCUUUUACCAUAUUCUUUUAGAACUCAUGUAUAAUGUAAAAGGCUACUUUUCUUUUUUUCA